AGGAGGAGUGGGAGUUCGCUAGAGAAAUUUGUGGGAGAUUUAAAAUAUUUUAUAGAGCAACUGAAUUGUUUUCUGGAACUAAAUAUCCCACAGCUAAUGUUGCUUUUCCAAAUUUAUGUGAGAUUAGGAUAACUAUCUCCCAAUGGCUCUCUUGUUCAAUUGAGGUUGUUAGAUCAAUGGCAUCAAAAAUGUUGGGAAAGUUUGACAAAUAUUGGGUUAUUAUACAUGGUCUUAUAGGGGUUGCUGUUGUACUUGAUCCUAGAUACAAACUUAGUGUGUUGGAGUUUUAUUUUGAUAAACUUUAUGGAGAUACAGCUGAAGAGGAAAUUGCGAAGAUUUGCCAACUUUGUUAUGAUUUGUUGCAAGAGUAUCAAAGAAAACUUAGUUUAGGGACUGGUACUAAUGUUGAAUCUUCUACAAGUUCAAAUUUUGGGGAUUCAGAGGUAGUUUCAGAUUAUGAUUUGUUUAUUAGUAGAAAGCGAAGAAAAAAAGUCAACAAUGUAACAUCAGAGUUGGACCAUUAUUUAGAAGAGGAUGUUGUGACAAGAACUCCUAAUUUUGAUGUGUUGACUUGGUGGAAAUCAAAUGCAUCAAAGUAUCCAACCUUACAGGCAAUAGCUAGGGAUUUUUUAGCUAUUCCGGUAUCCACUGUUGCUUCGGAGUCUGCAUUUAGCACUAGUGGUAGGUUGGUGAGCCCGUAUCGGAGUAGACUUCAUCCAGAUACUUUGGAAGCAUUGAUGUGUGCACAGAGUUGGUUGUGGGCUGUAGAGAUGCAAGGUAAUUCAACAUUGGAAUCAGUUGGUUAUGCUACUAUAUAUGAUGAGAUGGAUGUGAAUCAAAGUUGAUCUUUCUUUUGCAUUUCUCUUGUUGGACGGCUCAAACUUUCAUAGUUUUGUUGCUGGAGCGUUGCUGCUGUUGAAAUGCUACUGCUGCUAGAGUGUUGCUGUUGUAAGAAACUUGUAAAGACUUGGAGUUGAAAUGUUAAAGAAUGCACUUUGUUGAAUUGGGAGCUGAAAUGCCAAAGAAUGUGCAUUGGGAGUUUAGUGUGUUUUGCUUCUAGUUGAAUUAAGCCUAACUAUGAACAUCUAACUACUUUAAUAAUUUUGUGCAAUUCGUUUAUGAUGUUUACAAUUACACAGUUAGAUAUUUUGACAUACAUGUGUAUUUAGAGUGAAGUUAUCCAUAUGUGGGUUUUGGUUGGCAAAAUGUUUUUGACAUUAUUUUGUUGGUACUGUCUUUAAGAUCUUUGUUGUGCA